AUGGAUGGAAACAAUCCUAACAUAGGCGAUAACUCCUUUUCGGUUCUCGUUAAGCACAUAUCUCCAAAGUCGAAGAGAUUCAUUAGCACGGCAACAGCACCACCUAUGGCGCCACUUCCUUCUCUUCCACCAGGCGGAGAUGGGAACAGGUGGACUACUCGACUUGAAGGACUCAGCACUGAAGAACAAUCGAAUUCAAUCAUCGAUUAUUAUGCAGAAGCGCUCUUAUCCAAGCACAGAAAUCAAGAAAGAGAUGUUUAUCCUGUGGAAGACAAUAAAUCUGAUUUGGAAGGAGAAAGGCCACUAUGUGGAUGCGAACUAAAAGUAUCGUCCAACGAAGCGCUCCAGAGGCAGGAAACAGGAGGCCAAGCUAUUGACCGUGAUAACAACAUGUUUCCGAGCGAACAGGGUAAUCUUAUCAAAGGCGAAGGUGUCGCUGAAGGCACCAAUUCUGGUCACAACACAAACGAUAAUCGACCCUGUAUUCAUAUUGACAUGGCUGACGUAGAAGAGAGGUUGGCAGUCUUAGAUGCUGCAGAACUGGGAGCAAUGGAAGAGAGAGAGCAACAGGAGAAUCGAAGUCUAGCCGAGCAGACCCUAUUGCAUCUCCCAGAGAGGGAGAGGCAACUGGAAGAAGAACUGAAGCAUUCUGCGGGUAUAAAGGAUAGUCUUUUGGAGAAGCUAGACAGUGAUACACCAUUAGCUUCAAAGCUCGAGGCGGUAGAAAUAUUCUACGAUGCGGUAGGAGAGGAGACUGAGAAGGUGGAAGAUUGGACAAAAGAACUUCGGAAAGCGGAGGCGGAUAUUGAUCAUGUUUGUGGUGGAGACAGUGAGGAGGAAACGCCAAGCAAAGAGACGCAUGCCAAUAAACAGAACAUAUUGGAGACAAGUACGAAAAUGACAUUAUUGCGAGGGGAAAAUAAUGGAGAGAUCAUCAGCGAAACCUUAAAAAACUUGCCAGUAAGGAAAGGAAGCGUCGAGAACGAAGCGCACGGAGCCCAGGCAGGUUUACACGCGGAGACAGAGGAGACAGAUACAGGCGACAUGAUGUACCUCGGAGCAGCUCAAGCAGUCCAAAAACUACGACUGGAAAAUUGGAGUAGCUGUAGUAUAGCUGGCUCAGACACUGGUCAUUAUACUGGUGUUGUGCCAUACUCACCAAGCAAAGACAAAAAUACCACAGAAGCCUAUAGAGCAGAGUAA